CGCAGAGGCUGGAGCGAGGCGGCGGGAUGCAGCGCCCCGGGCCCUUCAGCACCCUCUACGGGCGGGUCCUGGCCCCACUGCCCGGGCGGGCCGGGGGCGCGGCCUCGGGUGGGGGCGGGAACAACUGGGGCCUCUCGGGCUCCCACGUGCAGUUGCCGGGGCGUACACAGUCGGAGACCCGCGGCGACAAGGGUGGCACGAGCGCGGGCGGCCCGGCCCCCUCCACGAUGUCCAAGGCCGAGGAGGCUAAGAAACUGGCGAGCCACACGGCAGUGGAGAACCACGUGAAGAAUAACCAAGUGCUGGGAAUUGGAAGUGGUUCUACAAUUGUCCAUGCUGUGCAGCGAAUAGCUGAAAGAGUGAAGCAAGAGAACCUGGACCUCAUCUGCAUCCCCACAUCUUUCCAGGCCAGGCAGCUUAUCCUACAGUAUGGCUUAACCCUCAGUGACCUGGAUCAACACCCGGAGAUCGACCUUGCCAUCGAUGGUGCUGAUGAAGUGGAUGCUGAGCUCAAUCUCAUCAAGGGUGGUGGAGGCUGCCUGACCCAGGAGAAGAUUGUGGCUGGUUAUGCCAGUCGCUUCAUUGUGAUCGCUGAUUUCAGGAAAGAUUCAAAGAACCUUGGGGAUCGGUGGCACAAGGGGAUUCCUAUUGAAGUCAUCCCAAUGGCCUAUGUCCCAGUGAGUCGAGCUGUGACCCAGAAGUUUGGGGGUGAGGUGGAACUUCGAAUGGCUGUCAACAAGGCAGGGCCUGUGGUGACAGAUAAUGGGAAUUUUAUCCUGGACUGGAAGUUCGAUCGGGUACAUAAAUGGGGUGAAGUGAACACAGCUAUCAAGAUGACUCCAGGCGUGGUGGACACAGGACUUUUCAUCAACAUGGCAGAGAGAGUCUACUUCGGGAUGCAGGAUGGCUCAGUGAACGUGAGGGAGAAGCCCUUCUAACCCUGUGAGGAGCAGGGUGCUCACUUUGAGUCUCCAGCCCAGGCACAGUGGACAUGCCUCACCAGGAGCCUUUGCCUUAAUGUACCUUCAUGUAGCUGUCCACAGUGCCAGAGUGGAUGGCUGGCCGUGAGGGUGGGGUAGUCAAAUCCAGUCUUAUGAAGUAUUGCUAUGUGUCUUUUAAAAAAGAAAUUUAAAUAUAUAUUUUUACUAUUAAAAUAUUCAGUUUUUUAUAAAAUAGAACUUGAUUUUAUGUUUUAUAUGAAACAUUUACCAAAAACAAAAAAAUGUAUAAAUAAAAAUAAGAGAUCAGGACUGUCUCUGAAAGCUUUGACUGAACCUACUGGUUAACCUUCUGAAGUUUUGGGUUUGCUGAGAAGUAACAUUUUUCUAAGCUGGUGAAAAGUGAGGAGUCAGCCAGCAGGUCUCCUGAUGCCUUAUGGGAAACCUUGUUUACUGUUUACUUUCUUGCCACACUCUUCUGUUUUGAGGUUGUUUUCAUUGUUACCACUCCCAAAUCUUAGUUACGUUUUAAGAUCAGGUUUCAGGAAUUCUGAGUGGAGCAGUCGGGUUUCUAGUGACUUGGGUAUAAACUCCCAGGUGAGAAUGCACCUUCUCUCAGAUCCUGGCUUUGCUUUGGUCCUGCUGUUGGAAACCCCUGGUGGAAACGCCCUCUGGCAGCAAGCGCACAGCAUUGUCUGAGAUGUAAAGCACUUACUUUUGUUGUUUGAAUGAUUUUCUUUAUGUUAGUAUUGUUUUGUUCCUCCAAUAACUCUUGUAUGAUUUGGUAUCAGAAGCUGUCACUUCUUUGUGCUGUUUGAAGGUUGAAAUAAACAUGACUGUGCCAUUUUGA